CGGCAGCAGCAGCGGAGGGAGCACCGAGGACAUCCCCUGCGCCGUCCCACCCAAGGAGCUGGUGGGAAGCGUCCGACAGAAGAUUUUCCUGGAUUACAGCACCUACAUGGCCCGGCUGGUGCCAGCACAGGGGGUGGGCAGCCCGGACCGGAGCCCCUCUCGCGGAGCACCAGGCAGCCCCACGCCCGCAAAGCUCGGCGAGGACGGGGCCGGGCGCAGCGAGGCAUGCGUGGCCUGGAUGAACGCGCUGGUGGGGCGCGUCUUCUGGGACUUCCUCCGGGAGCCGUACUGGGCCGAGCAGGUGUCCAGCAAGAUCCAGAAGAAGCUGAGCAAGAUCAAGCUCCCGUAUUUCAUGAACGAGCUGGCGCUGACGGAGCUGGACAUGGGCUCAUCCAUCCCCUCGGUCCUCAGCGCCUCCAACCCCACCAUCAACGACCGAGGGCUCUGGGUGGACAUGGAGGUCACCUACAGCGGCUCAUUGCAGAUGACGCUCGAGACGAAGAUGAACCUCUGCAAGCUGGGGAAGGAGAGCGCUGGCAGGACAGGAUCUGGGGACCCAGAGCUCCAGGUCCCUAAAACCCAGCGGUACAGCUUCCGAGUGCCACCGCGGCUGGAGCUGAAGGUGCGCCCGAAGCUGGGCGAGCGGGAGGUGACGUUCCUCCACGUCACCGAGUGGAUCGAGAGGAAGCUGCAGCACGAAUUUCAGAAAAUUUUGGUGAUGCCAAACAUGGACGAUCUGAUCAUUCCCGUCAUGCGCUCUGGCCUGGAUCCGCAGCCACCCACCGGGGCACUGCCCAGGGACCUGCCAGCCAAGGGAGAGAAGCGGCUCUGA